CCCGCCGGCCGGCCCCCCGCCCCAGCCCCGGAGGGAGCUCAUGGGAGUAUGAAGGAGAUGGUAGGAGGCUGCUGCGUAUGUUCGGACGAGAGGGGCUGGGCCGAGAACCCGCUGGUCUACUGCGAUGGGCACGCGUGCAGCGUGGCUGUCCACCAAGCUUGCUAUGGCAUCGUCCAGGUGCCCACGGGACCCUGGUUCUGCCGGAAAUGUGAAUCUCAGGAACGAGCAGCCAGGGUGAGGUGUGAGCUGUGCCCACACAAAGACGGGGCAUUGAAGAGGACUGACAAUGGAGGCUGGGCCCACGUGGUGUGUGCCCUGUACAUCCCCGAGGUGCAGUUUGCCAACGUGCUCACCAUGGAGCCCAUCGUGCUGCAGUACGUGCCUCAUGAUCGCUUCAACAAGACUUGUUACAUCUGCGAGGAGCAGGGCCGGGAGAGCAAGGCUGCCUCAGGAGCCUGCAUGACCUGUAACCGCCAUGGAUGUCGACAAGCUUUCCAUGUUACCUGUGCCCAAAUGGCAGGCCUGCUGUGUGAGGAAGAGGUGCUGGAGGUGGACAACGUCAAGUACUGCGGCUACUGUAAAUACCACUUCAGCAAGAUGAAGACGUCCCGGCACACCAGUGGGGGAGGUGGAGGAGCAGGAGCAGGCACAGGGGGCAGUGGCAGUGGCUUCAUCGCUGACAGGAGAAGCCGGUCAGCUUCGCCUUCCACCCAGCAAGAGAAGCACCCUUCCCACCACGAGAGAGGCCAGAAAAAGAGUCGAAAGGACAAAGAACGCCUUAAACAGAAGCACAAGAAGCGGCCUGAGUCACCCCCCAGCAUCCUCACCCCGCCUGUGGUCCCCACUGCUGACAAGGUCUCUUCCUCAGCUUCCUCCUCCUCCCACCACGAGGCCAGCACUCAGGAGACCUCUGAGAGCAGCAGGGACACGAAGGGGAAAAAGUCUUCCAGCCAUAGCUUGAGUCACAAGGGGAAGAAACUGAGCAGUGGGAAAGGUGUGAGCAGUUUCACCUCCGCCUCCUCUUCUUCCUCCUCCUCCUCUUCCUCCUCCUCUGGGGGGCCCUUCCAGCCUGCAGUUCCAUCCCUGCAGAGCUCCCCCGACUUCUCUGCAUUCCCCAAGCUGGAGCAGCCAGAGGAGGACAAGUACUCCAAGCCCACAGUCCCAACCCCUUCAGCCCCCGCCUCUCCCUCAGCCCCCGAGCCCCCCAAGGCUGAUCUCUUUGAGCAGAAAGUGGUCUUCUCUGGCUUUGGGCCCAUCAUGCGCUUCUCCACCACCACCUCCAGCUCGGGCCGGGCCCGGGCCCCCUCCCCUGGGGACUAUAAGUCUCCCCACAUCUCUGGGUCCGGGGCCUCAGCAGGCACUCACAAGCGGAUGCCCACACUGAGCGCUGCCCCUGUGCCUACGGAGGAGACCCCGGAGACAGGCCUAAAGGAGAAGAAGCACAAAGCCAGCAAGAGAAGUCGACAUGGACCAGGCCGUCCCAAGGGUAGCCGGAACAAGGAGGGCGCUGGGGGCCCAGCUGCCCCCUCCCUGCCUGGUGCCCAGCUGGCUGGCUUUACAGCCACUGCUGCCUCACCCUUCUCCGGAGGUUCCCUCGUCAGCUCUGGCCUGGGUGGUCUGGCCUCCCGUACCUUUGGGCCUGCAGGGAGCCUGCCCAGCCUGAGCUUGGAGUCCCCUCUGCUGGGGGCAGGCAUCUACACCAGUAAUAAGGACCCCAUCUCCCACGGUGGCGGGAUGCUGCGGGCUGUCUGCAGCACCCCACUCUCCUCCAGCCUGCUGGGGCCUCCAGGGACCUCAGCCCUGCCUCGCCUCAGCCGCUCUCCAUUCACCAGCACCCUCCCCUCCUCCUCUGCUUCUAUUUCCACCACUCAGGUGUUUUCUCUGGCUGGCUCUACCUUUAGCCUCCCUUCUACCCACAUCUUUGGAACCCCCAUGGGUGCCGUUAACCCUCUCCUCACCCAAGCCGAGAGCAGCCACACAGAGCCAGACCUGGAGGACUGCAGUUUCCGGUGUCGGGGAACCUCCCCCCAGGAGAGUCUGUCUUCCAUGUCCCCCAUCAGCAGUCUCCCCGCGCUCUUUGACCAGACGGCAUCUGCACCCUGCGGGGGCAGCCAGCUAGACCCAGCUGCCCCCGGAACCACUAACAUGGAGCAGCUGCUGGAGAAGCAGGGCGACGGCGAGGCUGGAGUCAACAUCGUGGAGAUGCUGAAGGCUCUGCACGCGCUGCAGAAGGAAAACCAGCGGCUUCAGGAGCAGAUCCUGAGCCUGACGGCCAAGAAGGAGCGGUUGCAGAUUCUCAACGUGCAGCUCUCCGUGCCCUUCCCCGCCCUGUCUGCCGCCAUGCCUGCCGCCAACGGGCCCGUCCCCGGGCUCUAUGGCCUGCCUCCCCAAGCCGGCAGCAGCGAUUCCUUGAGCACCAGCAAGAGCCCACCGGGGAAGAACAGUCUCGGCUUGGACAACUCGCUGUCCACGUCUUCCGAGGACCCACACUCAGGCUGCCCGAGUCGCAGCAGCUCGUCGCUGUCCUUCCACAGCACGCCCCCACCGCUGCCCCUGCUCCAGCAGAGCCCUGCUACUCUGCCCCUGGCCCUGCCUGGGGCCCCUGCCCCGCUCCCGCCCCAGCCACAGAAUGGGUUGGGCCGGGCACCCGGGGCAGCGGGACUGGGGACGAUGCCCAUGGCUGACGGGCUGUUGGGGGGGCUGGCGGGCAGCGGGGCCCUGCCCCUUAAUGGGCUCCUGGGGGGGUUGAAUGGGGCUGCCGCCCCCAACCCUGCGGGCUUGAGCCAGGCUGGCGGGGCCCCUACGCUGCAGCUGCCAGGUUGUCUCAACAGUCUAACGGAGCAGCAGAGACACCUCCUGCAGCAACAAGAGCAGCAGCUCCAGCAGCUCCAGCAGCUCCUGGCCUCCCCGCAGCUGACCCCGGAACACCAGACAGUUGUCUACCAGAUGAUCCAGCAGAUCCAGCAGAAGCGGGAGCUGCAGCGGCUGCAGAUGGCCGGGGGCUCCCAACUGCCCAUGGCCAGCCUGCUGGCAGGAAGCUCCACCCCGCUGUUGUCCGCGGGCACCCCUGGCCUGCUGCCCACAGCAUCUGCCCCACCCCUGCUGCCCGCCGGAGCCCUGGUAACUCCUUCACUCAGCAACAACACAAGUCUCAUGGCCGCAGCAGCUGCGGCCGCAGCAGUGGCAGCAGCAGGCGGACCUCCAGUCCUCACUGCCCAGACCAACCCCUUCCUCAGCCUGUCGGGGGCGGACAGCAGUGGCAGUGGCCCCAAAGGAGGGGCCGCUGACAAAGGAGCCUCAGUCAACCAGGAAAAAGGCUAAUCCACCCACACCCCGCCUGACCCCCCAGGUGGAGGGGGUAGGUCCUGGCCUGAGGGGUCCCAGUCUGGAGUGAGCACCCUGUGCUCAGGCACUGGGGAGUCCCGGCCCCAAGUGUGCGCUGUGUUCUAGGGAGUGUGGGGCACUCCUGGUGCCGAGGACUGAGACCCAGAGGGGAGUCCCUUCCAUCUGGUCCCCUUUGCCCUCUGCACUGACCCCUUUGUGAGGGGUCAGAGGGAGGACAGGCUCCCGGGCUGCCUAGGAGCGCCCAAACUCAGCAAAUGUUUUGAGGUCGCCCAGAGAGAGAAGUGGGCAUGGCAUAAGUGGGGGGUUGGUUGAGCCUGCCACUAAAGUGGAUCAGCAAUUGAGUGGGAAAAAGUGGAGGGAUGGGCCCUGGGCCUGCCCUCUUGCUGUAGUCUUUUAUGGAAGAAGGGGCGGCCCUACUUUACCUGCGUUCUUCCCAACUCGGAUGGAUGGCAGGAGGGAUCCUUGGACUGUUUCUCACUGGUCCCCUUCCCCUGCCCCCCAACAGGGUUACAAGCUGAGCUUGUAGAAACCCACAGACUAGGGGGCUGAGGAAGGGACAGGAUGGCAAAGCUCCCCACCUCUGGGUUGGGGACGGGUAGGGGGAGGAGGCCCGGCCCCCUUGGUGCCCUGCCCCUUGUUUGCACUAUUGGAUAUAGGAGUGCCAGGGUGGGAGAUGGAGCUGCCUGACUCAGAGUGAGUGUGCGUGUGCGUGCAUGUGCGUGCGUGUGUCUCCCACACCCCCGGACCUGGGCAGCCGAGGGCAGGGAGAGGAGCAGUGCUCAGAUGACGCAGCAACACAGGGGGCUCCCAGCGCUCUUGUUGGCACCCUCCCCACCUCACCAACUUUGGUCCCCUUCUGGGGCAUGAAUGGUUAACAAAAACCAGAACAGUACUCCAAUAUUGGAGAGUAACUGGGGGCUGGGAGCUUUGAAUCAGGGUAAUAUCCUGCCUUCCCUCCCCAUGACCCAUGUAGUGUCAGUGCCCCCUCAGGGCGCCCCUUCCUCCAUGAUAGCUGGCUCUGCUUCCCUGGCACAAGGGGAGCCCCAGGGAUUGAGGGAGGGGGUAGGGGGCAAAGUGCUACUUCCUCUAGCGAAAACCUCCUCCCAGGAUUAGCCAGCCUGCCUCCCCAGCCCUAUCCUCAGCCCCGCCUACCAGGGGAGACUUAAGCUUAAACUGACCUAACAGCUGUCCCUUCACCCACCAGCUAUUUCCCUGGGGUGCAGUGGGCAGUUCUCACCUUAAAGAGCCCCCAUCUGCCUGGAGCCUUUGGUGGCAAGGGCAGGGGGAGGCGCACCGGCCAGGAGGGAGCAGACGAUGCUGUGUGUGUUUCAGUUGCACUGGGGUGGGAGCGAGGAGGUGGCGUCUCCAGCUUUCCCUGAUGCUCGUGUCAUGUCAGUCUCUUUGCAUGUGUGGAGUUUUUUGUGUGUUUCUGUUUGGGUUUUUGUUGUUGGUGGUUUUUUUUUUUUUAAUAAAGAAAAGAAGAUGUGUAUAUUUUUGGCAACAACAGAAACGUAGUGCAGAUAUAUUUUUGCCUGUGCUGCUCAACUGGUUUUUUUCUGAUACUGAAAAUAAUAUUAAUAUUCCUGUUGAUAAGACUUUGUAAGAUGUUAGGGAGCUGAUAAUGGAGGGGGGUGGGAAUCCUUCAGAGGCAAUUUCUUAGGCACUUGCAAGGGCUUGGGGGAGGGGGGAGCAGUUGUGAUGACCUCAGAAAUACUCACUUUUUAUUAAUGCUAAAUAUCAGUUAGAAUGAAAUGAUAGAAUUCAGCAUUUUAUGCUUCUACAUCUAUUAAGCUCUCUAACUCCCUGCCCCCAAACCACUGAAAAGAAAAGAACCCUCAGAGAGAUUUUUAGAAGAGCUGCCCAUUCAUACCCACGCCCUGGCCCAAGGCCGGCCACUUAGCGCUCAAGUCCACUUCUGUUCUGGAUGGUGAGGGAAGGGCUCCAGGACUGCUGUGAGAGGUCCAAAUGAUUAAUGCACUGGAACCAAGACUCCCCCCUCCCCCCGCCCCAGCCUCCAGGGCCCCAGGUUUUCAUCUCUCGAGUCUGUGUUCUCCAUCUUUCCCAUACUGGGGUGCAGUGGCAGGUAGUCAGGUGAGAUUUGAAGGACCCAGGCUGGGGAAGAACUGGGGCUGUCUCAAGUGAGGGGCUGGAGGGUGGGGUGGGCGUGAUGGCAGUAGCAGCAUUUCCUUCUUUUGAAGGAGCUUUAUAAUUGGAGCAGUGUGGAGAUCCUCUGAGGGAGCUGGAUCUCAGCGCAGGUCAGGGGAUGGCUAUCCUGGCCUCAGCCCCUCCCAGCCUCGGGUCUUUUUCCAGGAUGUAUUUGGAUGGGGACGAGAUGCAGAUUUGUAGGUCAUUCGUCUAGGGGGAGGGGAAGGAUGUGGGUUUGGGGCGGAAGCAGAGUGUGAAAAGACCUGUGCUUGGAGCUCUGUGCACGCUCAGGAGGAGCUGUGAAUGGGGUGUGGGUGCGGAGCCGCAGUCCAGCCUUGAGGUCAUGGUGUGAGUGUCCGCUGGAAGGGACCUGUUUUUAGAGAUUGUGUGGGCCAGCUCCAGUCACAGGUUAUAACUCCAAGCCUGGGGGGCAGAGCCGGGACCAGCCCUCAGGGCCCUGACCUCCUGGUCUCUGGCUCUCCUGCCCACCCCUGGCACCCACCCCUGGCUGGCUGGCCCUGUGUAUGCGAUUGUGGUGUGAGUGCAGGGCGUGCCCGGUGGGGGUAUCUGUGUAGCCCUGACCAUGGUAGCUCAGAGCUCAUGGAUCCUCUCCAUAGAAAAUGACACUUUAAAGGUUGCCUUUUUUUUUUUUUUUUUAAAGUUUUACCUAUUUGUGUGUGUGAGUUUCCCCCUCAGGCUCCUGGAUCUCCUGCUGCCUCCAGGUGUCCUUAUGUUGAGGCUGGUGAAAGGACCCCUGCCCAUUGCUGUACUGAGUUCUGGGGAGUACUCCAAGGAAAGGCCUAGAAAGGGGAGCCAGCGUCAGGGGCCAGUUUUGAGAAGGUUAACCCCACACUCCCCUUGCGCUGAACUGGAAAUGCUGGCAGGAUUUCGAAGAUAGGUUCCCCUGGCCAGCCGCCAGCCUCAGCACACCGUGGGCCGGGGUUCCGGCCUGCAGCUCUCCCAGUUGUCCCAAACUUAUUUUCCUGGGGAGAGGUGUCUGGAGGGAGUAAGGUCACUUCACCUGGGCAUUUGGGGGAUGGCAGGGUACAGUAUUUCCCAGCCUCCCUCCAUCACAUCAAUCCAGAUUCAAAGUGGGUCUGGCUCCUGACCACUUUGACUUGAUCUACUGAAAAGUGGGGCCUGAGGGUUGCUGUCUUGGCCCCAGUGUUCUCUUCCUCUGGCCGGACCUGGGACUGGAGGCCCGAGCUCUGCCUCACCGCCAUCCGCCCCACCCUUCUCAAUGUAGCAGACUCUUCCCAGGGGAGCAGGGAGGGGAAGCCACAGUUUGCAAACCCAGGGGCUUCUUUUUCAUUCUUUCUAAAACCUUUAUAUCCUCAGCCCAAAAGGCAGUGUCCCCCUCCCCCCAAGCCUGGAAUUGUGCAUCCCCGGGAUCUUGUAUCUUUGUAUAACGGAUGUUAUUUGUACGAAGGGCAGUUCGUAAACAGCACUUGUUCUUUUAAUAAAAGAAUGUUUUACAAAAAAAAAGUCCAGAGAGACGCCGUAUU